AUAAAAUACGUUGAACAUGGCCACCGAAAAAACACCCAACAACAAAUGGAUCGACCCAAUUAAGUGGAACACCGCCGCUGCGCAAUACGAUAAUGCCGUUGGUCGUAGCUCUGGCAUCGCCGCUGCUAGACUUAUCACCCUUGCUAAUGAAAUGCAUCCCUUGAAUGCUCCUUCCGUCCGCGCCAUCGACCUCGGCGCUGGCACUGGCUCCCUAACGCACCUACUCGCAGCACAAUACCCAGGUCUCAAUAUUCUUGCAACAGAUAUCUCACCAGGUAUGCUCGAGCAGCUUAUGUCAAUUACCCACGAUCAAACCAAAGUCACUGCUCAGGUAGUAGACAUGGCAGCACCCAUCGGCGGUGCGGCAACCGAGAGUUCUUUCUCUCACGUCUUCAGCACAAUGGCUAUUCAAGCGCUCCCAGAUCCGGCCGGGGAGGGCACGCUUGCUCAGUGGGCGCGCCUAUUGCUGCCCGAUGGUAUUGUCGCCAUCGGAUUAUGGGAUUUCGAUGAGAACUGCGGACCACACGCGCUAUGGGAAGAGGCCGCCACGGCGGUAGAUCCAGGGUAUACAAACCCACCACUGUUACCACCGCGACACUGGUAUGGGCGUGCAGAGUUAGAGCAAGGCCUAAAGACGGCAGGAUUCCGAGAUGUGAAAUCCGAAGUGAUGCAUAUUGGGUUUGAUGUUGGCAAAGAAGGGUUCUUGCGCUUCUUUUGGGAAAGUGGGAAUCCGAUGGCUAGGGAUCGGCAAGCCAGCUUUAAUGGAGAUUUGAAGAAAGUCAGAGAAGAAAUGGAAAGGCUGUUAGAUGAAAAGUACGACAAAGGAGCUAAGAUUCCUCUAUCAGCAGCUUUGGCGGUAGGCAGAAAGCCCCUGGCAGGGUAAAGUAGGUUAUCUGCCAGAGAC